CUAGGCGGUGGAAGUUAUGCAGGGGGAGGGGUUGAUGAAGCGGUCACCGAAUCGUCGCCCUAGUCCCAGGGGAUUCGUCCUGCACCGCCAUCUGAAAGUUCGAGUUGGUGGGGGUGGCAACCCGAAAGGCCCUGUGGCUAAAACGGAUAGCGGCAGCCCUGCUCCCCGUGAGAAGACCCCCAAGAAGGUUGUGGCUCAGGCGGAGGAUACGGUUGAGUUCUCUUCGGCUCAUCCUGGAAUAGGACUCGGACGAUGAUAUGGCCUAUCCUCAGCAUGCUAUUGAGCAUGUGCCCCCGCAAGCCUCUUCACGGAUCCCUGCUGAUCUGCCGGAUUCUGGCCAGGCGAUGCCAUCGAUGGAUCCUUCGGCUGGGUGCUCUAAACCCGUGAAGCGGCGAGCUCGCCGAGCCGCGUCCAAGGCCAGCGCAUCGGCCGUGUCAGCUGACCAGACUGUGCAGAGCGCGGCUGGAGUUGACGAUGUUGCUCCGCACAUAAAACGGGCUCCGAGGGCUGCUCGAAAACUUAGGAAGGCCCAAGGCCCGCGUGGGGAGAAGGUCCAUGAUGGUGGCAGCGGGAUAGCUGAUCCGGCCCCAUUUUUUAUUCCCGUGGACACCCCGGCCAGUAGAAAUGCCGUAGGGAUGCAUGGUGGUAAGCAGGAUGGUGAAGAUGGGACCCCCUCACCUGCCGUGGGAAAGUCGAUGAGUAAUACCAUUCUUGAGAAGAGUGAGUCAGAGGACUCGGGGAUGGAGGAUGGGCACCAAGCUUUUGUGAUAAAAAAACGAAUCCCGGUGUCCCCUUCGACUAAAAUUCGCCAGGGCAUGGGAGGGAAGGUGUCCCAGUUUGCGGCAACUUUUGAAGCUGGAUUGGCUAUUUCCCAGGAGAAGGGGAGUAUGAACGGAGUCAAUGACUCUGAAUGCUAUGCUAAGUUGGUGCAGAAUGAUUUACCCAAGGAGGGGGCUAGUGAUCUUGAUGAAUAUGGGUCGAACAUGACCAAUCCAGCCUUCGAGAUUCGCAAGUGUCCUUUGACAAUCAUUGAGGGUGAGGUGGGAACCCCUCCCACGCCAAAGAGGCAAUUUGUGGAGUUUGCUGAUGAUAAGGAAAAGGUGGAGGAAGCCAGCCUGAAGUGGCCCCAGUCCGAUAAAUGAAGAUUCUGGCCUGGAAUGUGAGAGGAAUUGGACCAUCCCUCACAUUUCAAACUGCUGUUGGAUUAGUUCGUUCUAAUAAACCGGAUAUCGUGUUUUUCUCGGAAACCCGAUCGUGCCGGCGUGUUGUCUUCCUUCGUAUGCGGGGUUUAGGUUUUGAUAUUUCUAAGUGUAUUUUUGUGGAUGCGAUUGAGGCGUCUGGUGGUUUAGUAGUUUCUUGGUCCCCCGGAGAUGAUGCUUCGGUGUUUUAUCAUUCCAAUUUCUGUAUCUGUUCCCAAAUUAAUGAAGAGGAAUUUUCUUA